AUGUCUCUACCGUCGAGAUCGCAAUACAAAGAUUGUGGAGUUGCUUGGGUUUCGGCAAGCAAUGGUCAAGUUCCACCAAAUGCUGUUCCUGGUGGAAAAGAGGCCAAUGGUGAAACACUCUAUGUUGCACGAUUUAUCACAAAAGAAGGUCAACUAGCUCCAGGAAAACUUUCUCCUCAAAACAAAAAUGCUUAUAGUAGUUGUGGUGGUAAAGAACAAUCUUCUUCAGUCUAUCAAGUUUUGACUCAUCCCAAUCAACAAGAAUUAAGAUGGGUUCCCACUAGUGGAAAUAAUUUACCAACAGGAGCAUUACAAGGUGGAGGUGAUCAUAGAAGUCCUUUAUUUAUUGGUCGAGCACCAUUUCAAGGAAGUGUAUGUUGUGGAAAAUUUGAACCAACUCAUGGUUGUGUUUAUCUGCCAUACGGUGGACAAGAACAUAGUGUAAUGAAUAAUUUUGAAGUUUUAUGUUUAACUAGAAUUUGUGAAUAA